AUGGACGGUAUGAAAGGAGCCGAACUUUGUCCCAUUGCGGGGGUCCCUGGUCUUUACAUAUCAGACCGCUUUGGAGCUCGUUCACGAGCUCUACUCGAAUCUCACAACAUCAAAUAUGUGCUGUCCGCCACUUGCGAACACGACCUGCCAGCUUGGGACGAAGCAACCAGAGCAAUGAUAUCCAUAAAGCACCUUGACAUCGACGAUCAUCCCUUGCAAGAUAUUAUUCACUAUCUCAAGGAGGCUUGUGACUGGGUUCAUGCUGCUUUGCAAGAAGGAUCCACUCAGGCAGAUUUGCAGAGGCCGGUUGGCGUGCUGGUUCAUUGUAUCCAGGGCAUUUCACGAUCUGGGGCGAUUAUUGUCGCAUAUUUAAUGAGAUACCGUGCUCUAUCCUACUUCGAUGCGCUUGCCAUGGCUCGAGAAUCUAGACCGAUCAUCAAGCCCAACCAGGGCUUUGCAUUGCAGCUCCGCAUAUGGCAGCUGUGUAAUUACGAUAUCUAUGUGGCGGAAUCCGUUGACUCUGGCCCGCCGGCAUUUCGGCCCGAGUAUGGGUUUUGGAGAUCACAGUGUAUUAUGGCACAUCAAGGCAGCGAAGCCGGCACCCGCGAAGUCAUUCGCAAGCGAAACCGGCACAUUGAGGCUGAAUUAUUGAAAUGGGAAGAGCUGGAACAAAAAGUAUUACGCUAA